AUGCGUCCUUCCACCCCCCUCUCGCUCCUGCUAGCACUCACCGCCACCCACGUCGUCGCCACACCAAAGCCAAUCAAGCACCACGCGCGCUCAAACGCCACCACCAGCGCCACAACCUCCAUCGCAACAGGCUCAACCUCAGCCGGCUGCAACUACAUCCACGCCAUCGGCCCCAACCCCGCCAACCCCCCCAUCAUCUACACCGGCUGCGCCUGCCCCUCCGCACCCCACCGCGCCUCCAUCUUCAACCUCUCCGCCGCCUACCCGGCCUGCACGCCCCGCCUCGACACCGCGCUCUACCCCAGCGUCGUCGUCGGGCCGGGCGAUCCCGGACUGGCCCUGUGCGAGGAUUGGGAGGCCGUGCCGGGGACCGCGGCGCCGGACGGGACGCCCCCGUUGGUGCCGCCAUUUGAAUACCUCGGCGUGCAUGUGUACAUCGUGUCCGCUCCGUCCAUGGGAUCGAUCGAGCGAGCUCCUGGCUUGACCGUCGCGACCCAUGGGCCACCCGCAAGGCCAUCCUAG